GCCUCAGGCAGGAGCUUGCCCAUUCAGCUAAGCAAAUCUUCCUCUGGCCUCCACCAUCGCUUUCCCCUCCAGCGCCGGCCGCCCCUAGCCCCCGAAAGAGAAGCUCCCAGCUGCAAGUCAAACUUGCCUCCUACCCUCGCCGGCUUUUCCAAUCUCAAUGGAACCCGAUGGCGCCGCUGCCACGCUUCGGAACAUCAACGACGCGAUGGAGGAGGUGCGCCGCAGAAGCCUCCGCGAUAGGGGCUGCACCAUCAAGGAGGCGAUGAAGGACAUGCGCAGUGGAACGUGGGAGUGGCGUCGCAAAGUCUACCGCAUGCUGCAGGCCAACGCCGGCCUCGCCGAGGCUGACCCAUGGCAUCUCCCGGCUCAAUUCGUCAUGCCCAUGCAGAAGAAGCCGGGGAGCUCGAGACUGUCGACACAUUCUGGGUACUGGGAAGAGAAAGAAGACGACUUCAUCGCGAUCCGCUCCGAGGGAGGAGGAGAAGGCUCGUCCUCGCCCUCCAGCUCGCCGUGCUACGAAGGGGUUAGGAGGACCCUGGAGUUUUACGAGCACAACGGCGCCAAGACGGACUGGGUCAUGCACGAGUACAACCACCUCGAUGCCAAAAUGUUUAUACAGGAUGAUAUGGUUUUUCGUAAGGUAUUCAAUAAAAAACACACAUAUCGGGGCCCCAAUCAUUUGAAGCUUGUUGACGACAUCAUGGAAAUUUGCCGUAAAAGACUCGCCGAGCUCGCUGAACGAGAAUCGCGGCAUGGGCGUGACUACACGAAGCCGGCUCUGCUCUUCUUUGUGAUGGAAUUGGUUCUUGCGAAGAGAAAUCUGCUCUCCAAAUUUAUGCCGUCCCUACGGGGAGGUUUUGAAGAAACAGAAUCUGGGUGUGGGGAGUUCCCAACUGCGUCUGCUGCUCCAGAUGGAGAAUCAGAUGAUGUUUGGCAACACUUCACCAGGAUAAACACCAAAGAUCCCGAUGUGGUGUACGCAGCGUGCCACCGCUGUGACAGGGUGCUCAGGGCUCAUUCCAAGAAUGGCACUUCUCACCUCAGAAGGCACCGUACGACUAAGACAUGUACAUGCAGCAACAAUCCAUCAUCCACCACUGAGGACCAGGAGAGCCUGCGUGAGCUCCGCGCAAACCUUGAUCUCUACAAGCAGGGGAAGAUGGAGGGAAGGGUUGUCGACUCUCCGGACCUCAACGCUAGUGUGGAUCCGUGGGAUCUUCCCACCCCACGCUACUUCACGAGCUCGCUGAGCCGGAAGACGCAUCAGGGGCGCUGGGAGGAGAUUAAGAGUAAUGACAAGCUCAUCGCCAUCCGCAUCGGUCAGUUGCCGGUGCCGCAGUACGCGGGGCUGAAGAGGGCCCUGGAGUUCCACCAUGAUGACGGCACCAAGACGGACUGGAUCAUGCUCGAGUACCACCAGGUCGAUGACUACAACACCCGCGACCUGCUUCUUGAGGGGAGCAUGGUGUUUCGCAAGGUAAUCCAAAUUUUCAAAGAUGCGGUCAAAGAGUUGGAAAGGAUGUGGAAUGGGGACGACGAAGAAGAAGAGAGUUACAUCGGUGAGCGUGAAGAAGAGUUGGAGGCGUGCAUGAGCACCUUGCUCCGUGACUGCUUGCUCGGUGAGGUUGGUCAAGGUGAUCAAUCACGGGUUGGAAAGCGCAAGAGAACUGGUGCUCCCGGUGGCAGAUCAAAAAUUUGGCUGCACUUCACCAAGAUUUAUACCAAAGAUCCUGACAGGGUGUAUGCAGUGUGCCACUGCUGUGACAGGUGUUACAAGGGUCACUCGAAGAAUGGCACCUCUCAGCUCAUAAGACACAACGAGUCAUGUUCAAGCAAGCAACGGAAAGUGUAGGGGAGGAAGCAGUCUGACAAUUUGCACUAGUCUCCGGUAAAUAUGAACCUCAGAACAGGAGAAGAGAGAAUGCGCUGAAGCUAGGAACAAAAAGGGUGACCUUAAGCUCUGUCCUUUUCUUUUUGUCAACGUUUCCUUUUCUCAGUUUGUUUUAGGCUUGAUCUAUCCUAAAAGUACUGUCUUUCUUCAGAAAAAAUUGUAGUGCCAGUAUGGCUAAGUCGUUGAGUUCUAUCGGAGGUCGUUUUACUUUUAGGUACAAUGAUACUUGGGCCACCUAAUCUAUGAUUUGGAUACUGGAGGAGUAAUAUCUUCUGAAUAUCAAAGGUGGAGGUUGAUUUAAUAGUAAGAUGUACUAUUAGAUUUGGGAUCUGGAGCUUGCACUUUCUUUGGAACCCUACCCUAUUACUCUGCUUUUCAGUGUUCGAGCUGUUGGAGGCCGAUCCUGGAUGGAACUGGAAUGUGAUGUUAAGUUGUUAA